AUGUUCAGUCUUGCUAAACGACUAUUUACUUCAUCAUUAGCGACAGAUCAUUAUUUCAGUUUGGCCGGAAAUAUCAAUGAAGGGCUGCGUAUACUGAAUGUCGAAAAUGAAAGUAUUGGAUACCAAAUGGGAUUUGAGUCAUGGUUUGACUACAUUCUGUCACUAAAUGGGUUUGAAGUCAGGCAACUAGCUAAUAAAGACUUUUCAAAAUUUGUAGAAAUGGUAGUUGCAAAUAUUGACAACGGAAGAGAUCUUGUGUUUACAGUUUGGAGUGCCAAAGGAGGUACAAUUCGACAAAUUUCUGUUCCCUUUACAACGUACUCCAAUAAUGAUGCAGAUGAAACAGAAAGUCUUGAAGAAAUCAAAUUGGAUGACAACUCAAAUGUAGCAAGAUUUUCAAAAUACAAAAAAUUAGGAAUUAGUGUUCAACUGACUUCAUUAGAAACUGCAACUUAUGUUUGGCAUGUACUAGACACAUUGCCUAACAGUCCUGGACAUUCCGCUAAUUUGCUACCUGGUAGUGAUUAUAUCAUAGGUGCCCAGGAUGGGCUGUUAGCCAUGGGCGGAGAAGAGCUUUUGGGACAGACUCUUUACUCUGUUUACUCCACCAAUCGUGAGAAUGCCACCCUUGUAUUAUACGUCUACAACCAAAUACACAAUGUGGUAAGACCGGUCACUAUAUAUCCUAAUCGCAACUGGGGCGGCAUUGGAUUGCUCGGUUGCGACGUAGGAUAUGGUUUCCUGCAUCGAAUACCAGAGGUUAAAUCUGAAGCUCAAAAUCAAAUUGCUGCUACAGGACCGAUUAAACAAUCAUUUACUCUGAGUUCUAAUAAUUCUGCUGAGACGGAAUUGAGCCAACUCACAAAAAGAGAAUUGACUUCUUUGGACGGCAAGGCUGUUUCCUCUGAAAGUUCGGACACUAUCACAGAUUCACAACUUCAUCAAUUUUCAGAUGAUCUUACUGAUAAUUUAAAAAAUCAACUCAAGAUAGAUGAGUCCAGUAAACAUGAAGACAUUCCCAUGCCUCCGUCAAUAGCGAAAGUAUCUACAAAAAUACAGCUUGAUUGCCCCAUAUCAAAUGAUUCAAAUCCUUUGAUAGCUACCCCUUACCAUGCCCGUAAGAAGAGACACAGACACAAAGUUGACUUGGCUGAACACAUCGAUGAACAAAAGGAAAGUCUAAAAGAAGGACCAUAUAAUAAUAACGUCCUUAUACCCGCCUCACCACGCAUACUAAAUCGGGGUUAA